GAUUUGGUGCGAAUAGACACAGCGUUCAGUUAAUACAGUCAAGAUGCCGCGUAUUAUGAUAAAAGGUGGUGUUUGGCGAAACACCGAGGAUGAAAUUCUUAAGGCUGCUGUGAUGAAAUAUGGUAAAAAUCAAUGGAGUCGCAUUGCAUCUCUGUUACACAGAAAGUCAGCCAAACAGUGCAAAGCUAGAUGGUUCGAGUGGCUCGAUCCAAGUAUCAAAAAGACAGAAUGGAGCAGGGAAGAGGACGAAAAGCUCUUGCACUUAGCAAAGCUCAUGCCAACGCAAUGGAGAACCAUUUCUCCUAUUAUUGGGAGAACAGCUGCUCAGUGCUUGGAAAGAUACGAAUAUUUGUUAGAUCAAGCUCAAAAAAAAGAAGAAGGGGACGACAGUGUGGAUGAUCCCAGGAAAUUAAAGCCUGGUGAAAUUGAUCCUAAUCCCGAGACUAAGCCAGCUAGACCAGAUCCCAAGGACAUGGAUGAAGAUGAAUUGGAAAUGCUAUCUGAGGCAAGAGCGAGAUUGGCUAACACACAAGGAAAGAAAGCCAAGAGGAAAGCUCGUGAGAAGCAGUUGGAAGAAGCUCGCAGACUUGCUGCUUUACAGAAAAGAAGAGAGUUGAGAGCAGCUGGUAUUCAAGUGGCACACAAAAACAAACGAAAACGCGGAAUCAAUUAUAACACUGAAAUUCCGUUUGAAAAGAAGCCAGCUCAAGGAUUUUAUGAUACAUCUACCGAAGAGAUUGAUCCACUCUCUGCUGAUUUUUCAAAUUUACGGCAACAAAAUCAAUUAACUUGGCAAGAGAAGGAAGAAAUCGAAAGGAAAAAGGACAAACAGAAGCUGAAGCAGAGGAAAGAAAAUGAUGUACCGGGGUCCAUGAUGAAUCAAGAGCCGGUCAGGAAGCGCAGUAAACUUGUUUUACCGGAACCGCAAAUAUCGGAUAGAGAAUUGCAGCAAGUUGUUAAGUUGGGCAGAGCCUCUGAGACCGCACGUGAAAUAGCGUUAGAAAGUGGCAACCAUGCCUCAGACAGCUUGCUGGCCGACUACUCUUUGACACCCAAUACUGCAAUAACUCCAAGGACUCCAGCUGCAGUUGACAGAGUUCUGCAGGAAGCUCAAAAUGUCAUGGCUUUGACACACGUCGAUACACCUCUUAAGGGUGGACUGAACACAACAUUGACAAACGCUGAUUUUAGCAAUGUAGUGCCGACGCCAAAUGCCGUGGCGACUCCUAACACGGUGUUGGCUACACCAUUUAGAUCACAGAGAAGCGAUUCGUCGCCAGCACCCUUUAAUACUCCUGGCUCCGUUGUCAGUCAACAGGGAGGAGCUGCUACAGCUACUCCUAUUCGUGACAAGCUUAAUAUCAAUCCCGAGGAAGCGCUUGAGGCUUCCGAAACUCCAGUGAUUCAGAAACAGAUGAAAGAGCAGCUUCGUCUCAGCUUUAGUUCACUGCCAGCACCAAAGAAUGACUAUGAAAUCGUUGUACCAGAAGAAGAAAUGGCAGAAGAAGAUGCAAGUGCUCCAGCAACUGACGUUGUUGAAGACCAGGCUGACAUUGACGCCAGAAAACAGCAGGAGUUAAUAGAACAACGAAAAAGAGAACUUGCCAAACGCUCGCAAGUCAUCCAAAGAGAGCUUCCUCGACCAAAUGAUGUUAAUGUAAAUAUUUUAAGACAAACCAGUGAUUUACCAUCAUUAACGGAAUUGCAGAGGGCGGAAGAAUUGAUAAAGCAAGAAAUGAUCACUAUGAUGCAAUAUGAUGUGACCCAGAAUCCCAUACAACCUCCAAAUAAAAGCACACAAAAAGUCAUUAAUCAAGCACAGAACUAUCUGGAAUCUCAUCCUUAUGAGGAAUUCAGUCCUGAAGAUCUAGAAGAAGCCAAAAAAAUUUUAUCAGAAGAAAUGCAAGUAGUUCAGAAAGGAAUGGGUCAUGGUGAAGUAAAUUUAGAAACUUACAGCAGCGUAUGGGAAAAAUGUUUAUCUCAGAUUUUGUUUGUAGAAACACAGAAAAGGUACACUCGAAUCAAUUUAGCUAGUAAGAAAGACAAAAUUGAAGCUUAUGAAGCAAAACUAGAACAAAAUAGAAUGCAUAUGACUGCUGAGGCAAAGCGAGCUGCAAAAAUGGAGAAAAAAUUAAAGGUGUUAUUGGGUGGUUAUCAAAGUCGAGCUCAAGUUUUGAUAAAACAAUUCAAUGAUUUGAACGAACAGCAUGAACAAGCACGCAUGGAUUUGUCCACAUUUAGAUUUUUGCAAAAACAAGAAGAGGCAGCGCUACCAAAGAGACUCGAAGCUCUCAUGGAAGACGUUAACCGUCAAAAAGAAAGAGAACAUGCGUUGCAGCAGCGUUAUGCACAGUUGCAGGAGCAAUUAAAAGCCAUGCAAGUUAACUCUUACCAAUAAAUUUAUUGACAA